CUUUGCACAAGAACUCGAGGAAAGCGGCGAAGAGGUAUAAAUGUGAUUGAGGAAUUCCAAAAGGCAUCCAGUUCGUGGUAAAUUCGCACGAAAGACGCACCGAUCAAGAGAUGAGAAUUUUGUUAACGCUAUCGAUCUUAGUCCUUGCUGCAGUGGCCGUAACGGUCGAGGCCAAGGAGAAGACCAAAUCCCCCGAUGCGGACAAGAAGCAAUCGAAAAGAGGUCUGUUGAGCCUCGGGUACGGCUAUGGCGGCGACUUCGACAACGGGUACCACGUGGGACAGGGCGGGUACGGCAUCGACGGCGGGUACUCGGUGGGUUUGGGCGCCAUCGACUUGGGACACAACACCCACGUCGAGAGAACCGUUACUCUAUUGAAGGGAGUACCGGUACCUUACCCAGUCGAAAAACACAUACCGUACCCGGUCACCAAGCACGUACCUUACCCCGUUAAGGUGCUGGUACCGCAACCGUACCCCGUCGAGAAACACAUACACGUACCGGUGAAAGUACCAGUUAAAGUACCGGUACCGGUACCACAACCUUACCCCGUCGAGAAGAUCGUACACGUACCGUACAAGGUACAUGUAGACAGACCUUACCCCGUCAAAGUGUUGGUACCGCAACCGUACCCAGUCGAAAAACAUAUACCGUACCCCGUUAAAGUACCGGUACCGCAACCGUACCCGGUGGAGAAGCACAUUCACGUACCAGUCAAAGUACCCGUUCACGUUCCGCAACCCUACCCGGUAGUGAAGGAAGUACCAUAUCCCGUUAAAGUACCGGUCGACAGGCCGUACCCGGUGCACGUACCGCAACCGUACCCGGUGCACGUCAUCAAAAACGUACCGGUACCCGUCGAGAAACCCGUUCCGUACCCGGUGAAAGUACUGGUCGACAGGCCGGUCGGGGUGCCCGUCGAAAGGCCGUACCCUGUGGCGGUUAAAGUACCGGUACCGGCUCCGUACCCGGUGGACAGACCGGUGCCGUACCCGGUGGAACGACCGGUACCGUACGCCGUGAAGAUCCCGGUCGACAGGCCGGUACCCGUCGCUAUCGAGAAGCCGGUGGCGGUGCCGGUGGAACGGCCGGUACCCUAUCCAGUUAAAGUACCGGUGGCGGUACCGGUGGAGUCCCACCAUCACUCCCACUACGACGGCGGGUACGGCGGGUACAGCGGGUACGGGGGGUACGAGAGUUACGGGCACAAAUAGGAUGGUACCCGGUGUAGUUAGUGGUAGUACCCAGUUCGAGUACCUAGCGAUGUACGUUGUAAAAAAAUUCUAUUUAUAUAUUUUUUUUCUGUCUCUUGCAACUGAGUUACCUGUUCGUAAAUAA